CAUGAAAAAGGAGCAGUUGAUUCAGCUGUGGAUGGCUCAAGGAUUUCUUCAAGAAGAUCAAGCAAAAGAUAUCCACAUGGAAGAUGUUGGUGAUGAGUAUUUUAAUAUCUUGUUAACAAAUUCCUUAUUCCAAGAUGUGGAAAGGAACGAACUUCGAGAUAUUGUUAGUUGCAAGAUGCAUGAUGCUGUGCAUGAUCUUGCCCAGUUUGUUUCAAGAUCUGAAACAUUGAUUCAUGGAGAUGAUUCUAGUAAAGAUAUUUCUCACAUCCGACAUUUAAAUCUCAUUGAUGAUAAGGAGAUAUUGGUAAAACUAGGUCAGACUGGUGUUAAAACAUUGCGAACUUUAUUUUCAGAGGUUGAUGUUUUUGAUAAGCUUUCGUGGGCAUUCAAAAGGUUGCGGGUUUUAAACCUUUCUGAUUCUUACAUCAGGACCUUGCCUGCUUCAAUCAGGAAAUUGAAGCACUUGAGGUAUUUAAAUCUGUCAGAAACUCCUAUCAGUGUUCUACCAAGAUCAAUCACCGAACUCUACAACUUGCAGACGUUGAUUCUGCUGCAAUGCUAUUUUCUUCAACAGCUUCCUAAGGGAGUGGAAAAUUUAAUUAGCUUGAGACAAUUUUAUUUUGACAGUCCAAAUCUGGUGCCAGCUCUAAUAGGGAGGUUAACUUCUCUUAGAGCAUUGACAAUGUUUGCGGUGGAUAAAGAGGAAGGACAUGGAAUUGAAGAAUUAGGUACCUUAAGAUACCUUAGGGGGAGGUUGAAAAUCUUGAAUCUAGAAUACGUGGCAGGCAGAGAUGAAGCCAUAAAAGCAAACUUGAAGGAAAAGACAAAAUUGUAUGAGUUGGAAUACAACUGGGGUUAUGGAAAUGAAAACUGCAGAAAUGAUGAGGGGGUGUUAGAGGGUCUCCAACCUUGCAGAAAUUUGAAGAGAUUAAACAUUCUCGGCUUUAAAGGCCAGAAAUUUCCAGCAUGGUGCAGCAAUAUUUCAGUACUCAACCAUUUGGUGAGCUUAAGAUUGGAAUCUUGUCACAGUUGCAGAGAAUUGCCAACACUUGGGCACUUGCCCCAUCUUAAAUUUCUUGAAAUAAGUGGCAUGGAUGGUAUCAAAUGCAUAGGUAAUGAAUUUUACGGAAACUUAGAUGGAGCACAUAGCAGCAGUGGCAGUGUUGAAUCAAAGGCAGUUCCCGUGUUCCCAUCAUUGAGAAAAUUGGAGCUUGAAGAGAUGGAAGGACUGCAAGAAUGGAAACUACCAGCACUAACAUGCGGAGGAAAAGGUGGUGUUCUGUUUCCUCACCUGGUGGAGUUGAGUGUUGAGUAUUGUCCACGGCUCUCAAGUAUUCCAUUGAAUCAAUUGGCUUCUCUCCAAAAGCUUCAUAUUGCAGACUGUGAUAAGCUGAGUAAGGUGCUAAUUGUCCCGCCAGCACUCACUAUUGAAGAAGAUUGUGAUGGCUUUAGUGAUUCUGGGGACAUUUCUUUCUCUCUCCCCCAACUUGAAAGUAUGAGGAUAUGGAGAUGUCCUAAUCUUAAGAGGAUUCCUGAUAUACAUGGCCUCACCUCCCUUGAAAUUUUUGACAUUAGAAUGUGUGGAUUGACACAUCUACCUAGUUGGAUGUGGUCCUGCAAGUCUCUCCAGAAUUUUAUUCUAUGUAAUUGUCCUGAGUUGUCAUAUUUUCCAGAGAUUUAUGAGGCUCUAUCACUG